AUGAUCGAACUUCUGGAUGAACACUCCCCAAAACUUGAGAACGAUGAUGACUUUGCUAAUUACGUGACGGUGCUUCUGGGACAAGUCAUCAACCAAUGUUUUGGAAAUGAUGCGGACCCUCUAGAGCUGUCAAGGUGGAACUCGCUCAAACAGGAUCUUGACACCUGGAAGGAUCGUCUGCCGACUUCAUUUGCACCGAUUAUAGUAAAGCUGCCGGAUAAAAUGGGAAGGGCCUUUCCGUUCAUAGGAACUUUGUAUCCUUGGCAUGGUACGUAUACUCCCAUGUAUUUGGUUUUUCUGACUUUGGAUUAG